AUGUACCGAUUCACGAAACAUCUAUCCAUCUUUCGCACUCAGAUCAGGCGAUGGUGUUUGGAUCAUAAAGUUGUAUGGGGGAUUGAUUGGCAAGAACUUUCUACAAAGUUAAUGGCCAAUGCGACUGGAAUUUCUUCUCUUCCUCAAGGGAAUGCCUUUAUGCACCAACGUCAGCAGGAGUUGGAUAAAUCUGCUUUGGCACACUCUUAUUGGUCGCAACGAUCUAAAGAUAAAUUCGUUCAAAUCGGAGACCUCCCAACCAAGUUUUUCUAUAAUAAGAUGCGACAAAAACAACGCGCAACAUAUAUAUACCUACUACGGAUAGCAGAUGACCAAUGGACAGAGGAUGGUCCUACCAUCGUGAAUACUAUUUUACAUCAUUUCAAGGAUGCAUAUGGGCCGUCUCAGGUGCCUCUUGCCUCUGCCCAGGUCCAAGAUGAGGCCAUUGAUUUAGUACUUCGCGACUUAAAUUUACCUCAUCUUUCUCCUUCUCAACAACAACAGCUCAUUCGACCCUUCUCUAAGGAUGAAGUGCAUGAGGCCAUGUUUGGUAUUGGUCAGGGCAAAUCUCCUGGGAUGGAUGGUUCAACGGCCGAGUUUUUCAAACAUCACUGGGUUGCCCUCGGAAACGAGGUGUUUCAAGCUGUUAAUCACUUCUUCACAACAGGCUUCAUACUUCAUGAAUGGAACCAGACGCUGAUUGUUUUGUUGCCUAAAGGACAGAAUCCUGAGGAUGUGACACAAUUUCGGCCAAUUAGUUUAUGUAAUACCAUUUACAAAUGUGUUUCGAAAUGCCUUGUCAAUCGCUUACGGCCAUUGCUCUCUAAUCUUAUCACGGAAUUUCAGAGUGCCUUCAUACCGGGAAGGCAUAUGGAUGACAACAUUUUGAUCAGUCAUGAGUUAACUCAUGUUCUUAAUAAACAUCGAAAUGGCAAUGUUCAUCUCGCGGCUCUCAAAAUUGACAUGAAUAAGGCAUAUGACCGGGUUAACUGGAGGUUUCUCUUAAAAGUUCUUCAGGCCUAUGGAUUCCCUGCCCAGUGGAUACAGUUGAUUAGUCAAUGUAUAUCUACAGUGAAAUAUCGCAUCCUGGUUAAUGGACAGGUCACUGAGUCCUUUCCUUCCCAUUGUGGACUCCGUCAGGGUGACCCACUAUCUCCAUAUCUGUUUUUGUUCUGUAUGGAUAUUUUCUCUCGUAUGAUGAUAAUGGCUACGGAUAUUCGACUAUUCGAUGGAAUUCGAGCUCACAGCGUCGACUACUUCUUGUACGAAACUGUCCAAUCUACUUGGCCGUUCUGCCAUAUUUCUGGUCAAAUGCUCAGUGUGCGAAAGUCAUUUGUUAAAUUUAGCCCAAAUGUUUCCGAGGCCAUGGGUCAGGAAUACAAAAGUAUCUUGCAAUUGAAUGCCAAUGUGUCUCUAGGCACAUAUCUGGGUACUCCGGUGGAUAUUCAAGGGAAGAAAACUCAGCACUUCACUUUCUUACUUGAUAAAAUUUCUCAGCGUAUAACUGCGUGGAAUUAUUCACCAAUCUCGCAAGCUGGGAAAUUGAUUCUCAUUAAUUCAGUUCUCAUUGCUUCCAUAGCUCAUAUCCUAUCCGUCUUCUUAAUUCCAACAACAAUCACUAAUAAGCUGGAUGCGAUGCUAGCACGAUUCUUCUGGUCCAAUUGCUCAGGUAAAGGAAUUGCUUGGAAAAGCAAGGAGCUCUUGCAUUUGCAAAAAGGUGCUGGAGGACUUGGAUUACGGAGUAUUGCGUUGCACAAUCGUUCCCUUCUGCUUAAGAAAGUAUGGCGUAUUCAUAGGGAUUCCAAUGGCCUCAUCAGUAAAGUAUUUGCCAAUCAAACUUUGCACCCUGGUUCUUCAAUAGCUACACUGCGGCCUAUGCGGAGUCAAUGUUCUUGGGGUGCGCGCGGGUUACUUCAAGCUGAGAAGGUGCUCCUGACAAAUUAUAAUUGGAAAAUUGGAUCCAAGUCUAGGUUACGUGCUUGCAAUGAGCGCUGGGUUCAUGGAAGGAUUCCCCUCUUUCGGGAUAAUGUCUCUCUUCACACUGCUGCUACUGUUUCCAUUGCGUCCCUCUUGUUGCCACACCAACAAGGAUGGAAUGUUUCUCGGCUUCAUUCACUUUUUCAUUCUAGCACAGUUCGUGAUAUACGUGCUCUUGAAGUGCCACGACUCACAAACCAAGAGGACCUUUCUAUUUGGCCGUUUACUACUUCGGGCCAAUACACUACCAAAUCUGGUUACUAUUUCCUCUCUCGAAAUACCGAUAUCUACAGCAUGAACUCCCCUCUCAAUUCGGAGUUCUUUCGAAUUUUAUGGGGAUUGCGCAUCAUGCCAAAAUGGAAAUUAUUCCUCUGGAAACUGUACCAUAAUGGGUUAGCAACAACAGCUAACCUUUCGUACCGUGGUCUGGCUAGUUCAGAUGGUUGUCCAAACUGCAAUUUGGAACCUGAGACAUGCCAACACCUUUUCCGCUUUUGUCAUCUAUCCACCUUAGCAUGGCAAACUAGCCAACUGAGUAUUAAUUCCAAUGUAACUCCCCUUGUGAGCUUUAAAGACUGGCUCAUUGCAUGGAUACACUAUUUCUAUCAGCAGGAUGGAUAUAAUGGCCAUCGUCUUCCAUUGUUUGUGGCUAUUUUAUGGGCUAUUUGGCAGGGACGGAAUCAAAAGGUUUUCAACGGAACAAUACCUGAUCUGCCUCUAAUCCGUUCACUUCAGGACAAAGGUAUCCAGCAACACCUUACCUUUCUGGCUACUCCUACUCCUCAGCUUAAGAUCUUACAUGAGGCACCAGGUCCUCCAGGGUUUCUUUUUGCACAUUUUGGGUUAACCUUCUCCGGGGUACCACAGUUACAGAUACAAGUGGAUGGGUCCUGGAAGAAGUCUUCUCCUUUGGCAGGUAUUGCCUGGGUUGUUGAUAACGUUAGUAAUAACGCAAGGGAGGGCCAAGGUAGCUGCAUUUAUGCUGAGUCAGGCCUGGUGGCUGAAGCCCGGGCUUGUCUGGGGGCCUUGCUUUGGGCUCAAGCUCGGGGUUAUUAUCAAAUUUUGAUCUACACAGACUCCGAAAUCUUGGUAAGGAGUUUGAUUCAUCAAGCCACACAACCUAUUUCAAUUGCCUGGACUCUCAACGACAUUCGAAUCCUGGGACAACAACUCCGAUGGUGUCGGAUUAUCAAAGCUAAUCGGCAACAGGUGCAGAGGGGCAUGAACUGGCCAAUCAUGUUCGCCUAG